UGUUAACUCCACACAUCUCUUCGUCACCCCUUGCACUGCACAUAAUGGAUACACAUUCCCAAAAUAAGCACCAUUAAAAUUCAUCUUUCUCUAUAAUCAUGUACUCUAAAAUUCGGUGACCCUUUUGUCAGCAGCAAUGGCUGACCUUUCCUGCAGUUUCUUGCCGUUGUUUUUGCCUCCAAAACGACUCCACUCCCACUACUCAAGAAUCUCUAGAAUCAAGAGCCAUCCACCUCAUCUUCCGCUGCUCUUCAAACCUUCUCCUUUCGCGGCUUCUGCUUCGGACACUGAUGUCAUCAUUUCAACUCACAAGCAUUCCGAUGGUAGCUUCUUGUUCCGGUUUGGGGACCCAAGUGAGGUAGUGAAAAAUGUUGAAACGGAAGAAGCCAAGACUCUGAAGGAGGAAAUAGAAGGAGAUGACACAAAUGGAUCUAGUAUGGUGGAGGUUAUGGAAGGUGGGAAUGAAAGCAAGGCGGCUGUCUCUGGCUCGACAGAAGUCAGUGAUCGCGCUGAUUCAGUAGUUAGUAGUAGCAAUACCCUCAUUGCUGUUGAAGGAGAGAGUGAAAUCCCUAUUGAGACUGAGUUGCCUGUUUUAACUUCCAACCAAGAAAUUGUGGGUAUUUCUACUCCGGCUUUAGAUGUAGAACAGAUUGGUGUAAAUGAAGAGUACAAGGAUUUAAGUCUAGUGGAGGCCUCUAUACCUGAUGAGAGCUUCCAAAUAGAGAAUACUACAGUUGAGGUGUCUGGUGAGGAAUCAUUAAAGGAAACUUCUACUCGUGGUGUGGAGGAAUGUCUAAAGGAGGAGGAUGUGGAUUCCCCAGCUGAUGCAGCCAUACUCAAUCAGAGUUCAGAGGUGUUGGAUGAUAUUACUACUUUAGGCUUACUGGAAAAGGAAAGUGAUGACAUCAGCUCCGCUGAUAUUGAUGAAGACAAGACUGGAAAGGUGGAGGAAAGUCUAGAUGGAGAUUAUGAGGAUUCUCCUGUGGAUGCCUCUGUAAUUGGUAAAAGCUCCGAACUCGGUAGUGAAAUUUCAGCAGUAGAUUUGUUGGAAAAAGAAAUCGUUGGCAGUACCACAACUUCUGAUGUUGAAAUACAGCCAACUGGAAAUGUGGAGGAAGGUAUAAAUGAAGUAUAUGAGGAUUCUCCUGUUGACAUUACCUAUACUCCUGAUAACACUACAGCAGCAUUAUCAGAAAAUCAAACUACUGACGUUAUAUCAUCUCCUGAUAUAGUCAUAAAAUACACUGGGAAUGGGGAACAAGGUCGAGAUGACAAACCAAGUUCAGUGGAGAAGGAGCCUGGGGUGGAGAAUUGUAUUACUGCACCUGGACUGUUGGGAAAGGAAACUGUUGACGUUACCUCUGUACCUGAUGUUGACCUACUGGAAUACACUGACUACGAGGAACAAGGUCUAGAUGAGGUUAUUGACAAACCAAGUUCCGUGGAGAAGAGGCAUGAGGAGGAGAGUUCUAUUACUGCGCAAGAAUUUUUGGAAAAGGGAACUGCUGAUGUUACCUCUGCACCUGAUGUUGACCUGGAAUACGCUGGCAAUGUGGAACAGGGUCUAGGUGAGGUUAUUGACGAACCAAGUUCACCGGAGAAGAGGCCUGAGGUGGAGAGUUCUAUUAUUGCGCAAGAACUUUUGGAAAGGGAAAUUACUGAUGUUACCUAUGUGCCUGAUGUUGACCUAGAAUACAGUAGCAAUUUGGAACAAGGUCUAGACGAGGUUCUUGAUGAACCAAGUUCAGUGGAGAAGAUGCCUGAGGUGGAUAACUCUAUCACUGCACAAGAGAUUUUGGAAAAGGAAACUGCUGACCUUACCUCUGCGCCUGAUGUUGACCUGGAAUACACUGGCAAUGUGGGACAAGGUCUAGAUGAGGUUCUUGACGAACCAAGUUCAGCGGAAAAGAGGCCUGAGGUGGAGAAUCGUAUUAGUGCACAAGAACUUUUGGAAAAUGAAACUGCUGAGGUUACCUUUGUGCCUGAUAUUGACAUAGAAUACACUGGAAAGGUGGAACAAGGUCUAGAUGAGGUUAUUGACGAAACAAGAUCGGUGGAGAAGAGGUCUGAGGUGGAGAAUCAUAUUAGUGCACAGCAAUAUUUGGAAAAUGAAACUUCUGAUGCUACCUCUGUGCCUGAUACUGACAUUGAAUACACUGCCGAUUUGGAACAAGGACUAGAUGAGGUUCUUGAGGAAUCAAGUUCAGCAGAGAGGAGGCCUGAAGUGGAGAAUCAUAUUACUGCACAAGAACCUUUGGGAAAAGAAACUGCGGAUGCAACCACAUUGGCAGAGACCGACCCAGUGAUCUCUAUGCUUGACACUGACGAUGUUCAGGGAGGAAUGGAGACUGCUGUCACACCAUAUGUGGUUCCUAUUUCUGAACUCGAGAAUGUAGAGACUGCAAUCCAUGAUGAAACCAUUGGUGAUGAAAAAGAAAGUUGUGAUGAUACUUUGGUGUCUCCACCCUCUCAAUCAGAACCAGCUAUGAAUUUGUACAAAGUGACCGAGGCACCAAAUGCACAAGCAGAGGUGCAAAAUUCAGCCGCUGAAGAGAGUAUUGAAGCUCACUUGAAUGAUAUCAUGGCCAUUGAGAUGCAAAAUGUACUCAACAAUAGCAAUGAAAGUGACAUGCAUGGAGCUGAGAAUGAGUCCUCUACUACUGGACCAUCUAUGACUUGGGUCGUAGGCUCUGAUGAGACGGUUUCUGGUUCUGGGAAUGGGAUGCCGAAUGAGACUGUUGGAUAUGUAAGUGAAAAGGACGCUGUCCAGUUACUGACAGUGUCUCCUCAGUUGGAAGCUGACCCAAUGCUUGAAGAGGAAACUGGUACUGAAACUGUGGAAGAACUGCAGGAAAAUGAGGAAUCUAAGAACCGAACAACAGGUGGUGAUCUUGCAGGAGCGUCAGUACAUGAAGUGACGGCUCCUGAAUCUACUCUAACAAGCCAGGAGAUAUUAGUAACAGACUUCGUUCUAUCUUCUGGAGCUGCAGUAUUGCCACAUCCUUCUAAGGUCUUGACAGGUGGAGAGGAUGCAUAUUUUAUUGCUGACGUGACAUGGCUUGGUGUAGCUGAUGGAGUUAGUCAGUGGUCGUUGGAAGGGACCAUUCCUGGAGUCUAUGCUCACGAGCUCAUCAAAAAUUGUGAAAAGCUCAUCACUGAGUGCAGUGGCGAUUCAAUAAACAACCCCAUCGAAUUGCUUAAUCUCAGUGUUGCUCAAACACACUAUCCUGGCUCCUCAACAGUUUUGAUUGCUCAAUUUGACGGUCAGGCUCUUCACGUUGCCAAUGUUGGGGACACAGGAUUCAUCAUUCUACGCCAUGGCGCUGUUUAUAAGAGGUCUUCCCCGAUGCAACAUGUGUUUUCAUUACCAGUCCAAAUUGAAAGAGGCGAUGACCCCUCUUCUCUUGCACAGUUGUACAAAGUUGAUGUGGAGGAGGAGGAUAUAAUUGUGACUGCUACCGAUGGGCUUCUCGACAACUUGUAUGAUCAAGAAAUAUUGUUGAUUGCCACUAAGUCACUUGCUGAUGGUAAAACUCCCAAGGAAAUAGCAGAGUUGCUGGCGAAGAAGGCACAAGAGGUGAGUAGCUCUGCCUAUGCAAGAAGUCCAUUUGCCGAUGAAGCUCAGGCAGCCGGAUUCCCAGGAUACUCUGGUGGCAAGCUAGACGACGUGGCAGUUAUUGUGUCUGUUGUGCAAAGGCGAUAACGCUCUAUUGCUCCUCCCUACGCUUUGUUCAAUAUGCUCUUUCUCCGGCUCCCUCACUCGGUAGCUCAGGUUCGUCUGUGCUGACAGCUACCUUGGACUUGAUUGUAUUUAUGGGUCUAAUUGUAUCAUUUGGUUUAUUUUGAGAGGAUUCUUGUUUAUGGUUGUUGUGCAUUAAUAUGGAGGAGGAUUAAUUUCUUUAUUUUUCGUAUCUAUUCCAAGAGAGAAAAAGAAAAUCGAUUGACUUGCUUUACAGCCUGAAAUUCUGCAGGAAUAUUGCAACUUCUACUUUCACAUUUUUGUAAUUUUGUUCAAAUACAUGAAUUUUCAAAUUAUCUGAA